AAACAGCGUGGGGUUAUUGCAGCCUUCUCAAGAUCUACUGGAUUUUCUGGAUGACAUAUCGGUAAACAUUAUAGCACCAUCGACGCAGCAGAGAUGUUGAGAAACGCCUCCGCACAGAUACUGAAACAGUUUGUCCGUCAUAGGACCACAGACGCAAGUCUGACCUUGGAGAAAUCUAUUAACAAGGUGCAGAUUCUUGGGCGAGUCGGGCAAGACCCCGUCAUGAGGCAGGUGGAGGGCAGAAACCCCGUCACCAUCUUUUCUAUGGCUACAAACGAAAUGUGGCGGUCCGGGGAGGGAGAGCCAGUUGGCGCAGGAGACGUCACUCAGAAAACAACAUGGCACAGAAUUUCUGUAUUCAAACCAGGCCUCAGAGACGUGGCGUAUCAGUAUGUAAAGAAAGGGUCUAGGAUUUUUGUGGAAGGAAAGCUCGAUUAUGGAGAGUAUGUUGAUAAAAACAAUGUCAGACGACAGGCAACAACUAUUAUCGCAGAUAAUAUUGUGUUUCUAAGUGAAAACCUGCGGGACCAGUAGUGAAGAUGCCUUUCUGGACAUAUAGAGUCAAAGGACAAUAUUUUGUAUAGUGUAACUCUGCUUAUCUACAUUAAACUCUGAGUAUAUUUGUGUCUGCCAUUAGCUGUCAUGCAUAAAAUAACAGUAAUUUUUUUUGUUAUGAUUGUGUCAUGCUCUCUUAUUUCAUACAGAGGGCGCCAGAAGAUGCACUUUUUGACAUGUGAACACCUUUGAGGCCCCUUUAAGUUAAUUGGACUGUUUUUGUAGAAGAAACUAUAUAUAUAUAAUCCGUUUUUUACUUCUAAAACAUUAAAUAUAUACGCAUAGAGCCACGUCCAGUUUGUUGUGCUACCAUGCUUAUGUUCAUGAGUAAAUGUAGCAGUUUUGUCAGUAAAGGGUUUGUUAUUAAUACUCA